GUCGUUUCCAGACUUCACUAUCCUGCAGGCUGUAGAUGAAAACAAAGAAGACACCAGGCAUCGGGCUGAAUUCUUCCUGAAUAGAUGAGACUGACAGCUACUUAUUUUGAAGACAAUUGCAGUGCCCUUAUAAUAAAAAUACACAGUAAUUCUGGAGAACUGGAUUUAAAAAUGCCUUGGCACUGCUGUCAGCCCAUACGCUAAAAGAGUGACUUAAUUAUAGGGAGAGUGUAAGUUAAAAAUUUGUAAAUAUCAUAAGGGGGAAUCUUGAUUGCCAGCCUGAAACAGCAAGAACAACCCACUGCAUCAAAUAUUGUUGUCCUUGAUUAAGUUGAGUGUUCUUAUGUGACAUGACGUUUUUCUAGGUCAAAUGUUGCUGAACUUAAGCCAUGGCAAGGAAGACUUCUUGAAAGAGAUUGUGGAAUCUUUUGCAAACAAAAGUGGUUUAUUUACAUUGUUUGAAAGCCUCUUUGGGAGUGGAGCUUCUAAAGAGAGGUCUUUUCUCAGCACAGAUAUGGGAGAUGUCACUCCCCAAGCACCAGAGCAAGGAGAACUGAGUAAAUACGAUAUUGGUGCUGUUCGGAUGCACAGUGGUAGUCUCCAGCACCUUGCGUGGCUUGGCUUGCAGUGGAAUUCUAUGUCAGUGUUAUUCCCACUGCGCAGAUCAUUACAACAACUUUUUCACUUGCCCCACGAGACAUCGAGACUAGAAACAGAUGCUCCUGAAUCCAUUUGUCUGUUGGACCUUGAAGUUUUUUUACUCGGGAUGGUGUUCACUAGCAACUUAGAACUGCAAGAGAAGUUUAAUACUCAGCAUGGCACACAUCAACCUCCUUUUUUACCGUUCCUGCUGUGCAAACAGUACCGUACUGAGAAGCAAAGAUCCUGGUGGGAUGCUGUUUGUACUCUUAUGCAGAAAAAAACAACUGUCUACUACUGGAAGAAAAUUUUGCUUAGCUUGAAAACUAUUAAAAAGCACAAAAGUAUUCCUGAACCUGCUGAUCCUCUCUUCAAGCAUUUCCAUAGUGUGGACAUCCAGGUCUUCCAGGUUGCAGGCUAUGAAGAAGAGGCACAUAUAGCUUUUGCAAUGCUGGAUGUAACUGAAGGCAAAACUGAUGAUGCUUUAUUAGCAUUUGAAGCUAUUAAGAAUGCGGUUUCAUACUGGAAUCUUGCCAUUCUUUGUCAAAGAAAGGCAGAGGAGGUUGAGAGUGAUGAUAUGGGCCCAGAAGAACGCAAAGCCUAUCUUCUUAAAAGAAAGCAUUACCUGUUGAAGAUCAUUGAUGAAAGCUCCUCUGACCCAUCCGUAGCUGACAAACUGCCGGUAUCUGUUAAAGAUGUAACGGAAAUGCUGAAUGCAGUGAUCCAGGAGCUUGGAGAGGAGGAUGAAGAAGAAAGUCUUGCCUCCGGAAGCAUCUCACACGCUGCACACAUGGAAGUGAAAUAUUCAAUUCCAUCACCUAAGAAGUUCCCUUUCUCACCAACUAAUACCUACCAGUUUUCUCCUAAGACUCUCCCUCCGUGGGCAGAAGCACAAGUCCUUCAAAAGCUGUGUCAGCAAGUGGAAGCUUUAAAGAAUGAAAUACGGGAAAUGAAAUGUAGUAGUUCCAAUGUAAGUGUAUCAUCUCAUUGGUGGCCUGCUGAAAGCUAUAAAACAGAUACUGUGUCAGAUGGUUAUCGGAGAGCAAAACAUCUUCAUGAAGCUCCUCUGAGGG